AUGGGUUUCCUCGUGCUCCUGUGUCUCCCUACGCUAUUCUUCGACGUCCUCGUGCUGUCCCACAAAAGCAACAUCUAUGAGCGGUCGGCAGUCCCGCGAGCCGCACCCCGCUCCGUGGCCCGGAUGGAUGGAGACGUUAUAAUCGGUGCCCUCUUCUCCGUCCACCACCAGCCGUCUGCCGAAAAAGUGGCUGACCGAAAGUGUGGGGAUGUUCGGGAACAGUACGGCAUCCAGCGGGUAGAGGCCAUGUUCCACACCCUGGACAGGAUCAAUGCCGACCCUUUCCUGCUCCCCAACAUCAGCCUGGGCUGUGAGAUCCGGGACUCCUGCUGGCACUCCUCCGUGGCCCUGGAGCAGAGCAUCGAGUUCAUCCGCGAUUCCCUCAUCUCGAUCCGGGACGACAAGGACGGCUCCAAGUGGUGCAUAGACGGCACGCCUACCAACCAGCCCCCGCCCUCCAAGAAGCCCAUCGCGGGGGUGAUCGGGCCGGGCUCCAGCUCCGUUGCUAUCCAGGUGCAGAACCUCCUACAGCUCUUUAACAUUCCCCAGAUUGCCUACUCAGCGACCAGUAUUGACCUGAGUGACAAGACGCUCUUUAAGUACUUCCUGCGUGUCGUGCCCUCUGACACGCUCCAGGCCCGGGCCAUGCUGGACAUAGUCAAACGCUACAACUGGACCUAUGUGUCUGCGGUGCAUACGGAGGGUGAGUCACUCAACCCACUCAACACAGGGGUUCUGAAAGCUGUGUGUGGGGUAGGAUAGGAUUAGGCCUGGUAGGCAUUGUAGGAAUGGCACGGCUUUGGAGAGGUUUUUUACAUGCUGUCAAAUCGCCUGUGUUCAGGUUUGAGAUAAGAAAUCCAUGUUUAAGAUAAAUAUGCCCAGCUAUUGAUAGAGGUGUUGGAUAAAUUGUUAAGGUGGUUUGUAAACAGUUAAGUACUUGCUAGCAGCUAUGUGUGUCUUGUCCUCCUCCCUGCGGGCGUGCUCCCAUGUGCAAUAUUGCGUUGGAAGGAAACUUGCUGUGGAAUGGAAUUCCCUCUCUCCAGACAAAACUAUACAUCUGGUGCAGUAUAAGUAUCCACACACACCCCAGGCAUCUGGUGCAGUAUAAGUAUCCACACACACCCCAGGUAAAGUCAGUUAUUUUGCCUUUCAUCACACCCACACACCAGCAACACAUCCAAUCUCUCAAGCCACAAUUCAGUCACAUUUUUGUCAAUGUUAUCUGAAUGGAAAUGCAUUUAGGUGUUUAUUUGUAUCUAUUUAUAUUAAAAAGGAAAUGAGAUGUGAUCUAAGAUGUUCUGUCUCCCAGGAUGUUUAAUUUGAUGCUAAUUCUAUUCCGUUAGAAAAUAACAGGCGGGCUCUAUAACAGGGCCACUAAUGGACUGUUUCCCCUCUACUCUGUGCUGUGUAGCCUACUGUCAGGCUGGGUUACAGGUGGUGGAACCACAUCAUUAAGUGGGAAUUUAAAGUAUCUCUGGGCGGAAUCAUAGAAAUAGAAUCCCACUAGUAAUUCUAAUUCUAUGCGUGUAACUAAUACCUCCAAAAGUUCCCCCGUUAUGUGUAUUGAUAGAAAUCAACUCCCAUCUGUGUUAUUGCUAUUCAGAUGUAGAGGAAUUACUGUGUUGAGUGUGUUUCCAUCGUAUGUAACCCCUGGUUGGGAGGGAUGUCUAGUCUAAGCACAGCUUGCAAAGGGGUUCUGGCAAUGCCCCUCAACACUGGAAAUACCAGCACAUCAAUACAGCAGCCCACAUAGCUUCUCAGCAGCACCUGUCUGAAGUCAUUAUCGGUAGGUAGUGUGUGAGUGCGUUGUCCAGAGUGCUGACAUUUUUAAUAUACCAGUAGAGUACUCCACAAUGCAAACACACACCAUGUAAGCUCAAUCACAUAAAACUCUUUCACCAGUUUACCACUAUUGUAAGUGGAAGAGGUAGAAUUAGAUGUGGAGAUAGCUAAACUGUAGUUACUACAAGGAAAUCUCUGCCAUUAGCAGUUAGCCGAGGCUCCUCAGCAUAAACCUCAAUGAAAUGUACCUAAUGGUGAGAGUAGGUAAUGAUUGACAGGCGGAGUGUAUCUCGGCUCUGAAGUGGACACUGAGGAAUUCUGGGAGUUGUUAGAGGGAUAUGUGAUAGAGGCCCUAAAGGGAGGGUCGAACUUUGGAUCACCUUGUAAAGGUGGAACCUAGAAACCAGUUAGUCUCAAACCCGUCCCUAGGCAACACAGUGACUAGGGUCUGGUUUCAAUGAUGGACUCUUUUGCAUAGAGGAACUACGUCACUGCCUACAUCACUACUUUAUCUGCUUGAAUAAAAUACAAAAUAGUAGCUAGCAAGAUGGAGAUCACAGAGGUUCUUUUUAAUGAGUGCUUUUCACAAGUGGCUAGUUUGCAUCAACUACCUAAACCAAAACAACUGUAAAGGUUUUGCCUGAAAACCUAGGUUUUGAAUCGCGACGUUCUGGCAUGUCUGCAUCGUGAUUUGUUGGGAGAGUCCCCAGAAAGUUUUUCUUCCCCUUAUCAACGUAGCACGUAGGCAGUGACGUAGUUCCUCUAUGCCAAAAGAGUCCAUCAUUGAAACCAGACCUUAGUCACUGUGUUACCUAAGGUCUGGUUUUUCGAGACUAGAAACCUGUAGGGGAGUCACAAAGUUCACAGGUCACGGUCAGGUUGAGGGGCAGGCAGGGCUAGGAGAGAGUGGAGGUGAAGGGCCAUGAGGCUCAGCUAGGGGGUGCCAGGGAUCUGACCUUCACCAGACCUGGUAGGUAGCAGUCCACUGGGAUCAAAGAUAAGAGUGUUGGCAUAAUAAGGGUGUUGUAUGUGAAGGGAAGCAGUGGAGGAUAACAGUAGUAGUAGCCGCAGUAAGAGUAGUGUUUUUAAUCUUCUACCAGGAGGAUUUAGCCCACUGUGAUGGCCACAACAUUGGAUUAAUUGGAUCUAACUAAACACAUCUCUUCAGUUUGAAGCUAUAGGCCUACUUGCCUAUUUGAGUUUUAGAAUAUUAAGUGUAUGCGGUAAAUGGUGUUUCUGCACUUUGGGGAAUGCUUUUGGAUUGGUUAAAAAUGUGGUAUCUGCGGGGAGAUGAAAAUUGAGUGAAUGUGUUAAUUGAUAGGAAAAAUUUGACUGAAAUACAACACUGAAAUACUUAAAUUGAAAUGCAAUGAAUCUAAGGGGUUUAGAAUUUAUCAACCCUUAUGUGAAUUCACCUGUUCAGAUAGAACUGCUAUACUGGAAAACUAACAAUUGGGGCCUAGUCUAUAAUAUCAUGCCAGAGUAAUGCAUUUGUGUGCUGCCAAUUCAGCCCAUUCUCAUUUUUCAGAAUAAGACAGGUGUGUGUGAGGGCUAUGAUUGUGUAAACAAAAGCACUGCAUUAACAUUGCAGACACAUCUUUGAUUGAAGCCAGCACUUUGAAUAUACAUAAUCCUCUAUGCAGCAUCCUCUAUGCAGCAUCCUCUAUGCACUACUAGGACUGUGUCCCAAGUGGCACCCUAUCCUCUACAGUGCACUUCUUUUGGCUUCAUCAGCCCUGGUCAAAAGCAGUGCACUACAUAGGGAACAAGAUGCCAUUUCAGACACAGUCUACAUAUGUAAAAUAGGACAGUAUUGCAGAGCUUGUACAACUGAUUAGGAUGUAAUCAUGGGAAAAUUUAGGGUAGCCCUCUCCACACCAUUCAGCAUCCCUGAUUGUAAUCAGUAGCCACUUGACUAUCUGGUUAUAUCAGAGGAUGGAUCAGGACAGCAGCACAGUCACAAUACACUCACGGCCUGACGACUCAAAGUCAUCAGACUACCACAGUUGUUAGUGUGGCUGAAUCCAGUCACUAUCAGCCUGGAGGGACUUGAGGAAGAGUAUAUUUUAUUUUCCAUUUUCUGUUCCAAAAUGGUGACUCCUCGUUGGCCAUUUUGUGUCUGCAGUGCUGACUUACCCCUCUGUUUCUCUCUGAACCCUAGGAAACUAUGGGGAGAGUGGUAUGGAGGCCUUCAAGGAGCUGGCCACCCAGGAGGGUCUGUGCAUCGCCCACUCUGACAAGAUCUACAGCAAUGCUGGGGAGAAGCACUUUGACCGCCUGCUUAAGAAGCUCCGUGAACGUCUGCCCAAGGCCCGCGUGGUGGUGUGUUUCUGUGAGGGAAUGACCGUACGCGGCCUCCUAAUGGCCAUGAGACGUCUGGGCGUGGCUGGAGGAGAGUUCCUCCUCAUUGGC